AUGCUGACACGACAUUUGACAAAUAAGAUACUGGACAUACGUCUUGAAGAAGAAAAGUUUUAUUUCCCUGGUGAAACAAUCAAAGGCUUUGUCCUCAUUCAUCCCAAGAGCGCCAUCAAAGUCAACAGCAUACAAUUAAAGUUUUCUGGCGAGGUGUACAUACAUUUGAAGGAAAAGGAAACAAACACCCUCUUUCAGAACACACUGGCUCUUUCCGUAUACCCAAACAGCACUAGCCCCAAACAAACAACACUGGAUGCCUCUGAACAUAGUUUUCCGUUUCAAUUCGUGGUGCCGAAAAACUUGAAUUUGCCUAGUUCAAUGGAGUUUGGUAAAAAGGGCUAUAUCCGCUAUACAAUCAACGCAUUGUUAGACAGACCCAUGAUCCCAGAAUCGCUGUGUCCCAAAGUCGAAUAUGCCGUCUCUUUGCUGGAAUACAUUGAUAUAGAAAAGGACCAGUUUAAAAUACCUCAAGAGAAAAGUCAAGAUAUUAUGCUACCCAAAGCCAAGUACAACCAAAAAUGCAUGGUGAGAGCAUCGAUGCCUCGCCUUGGUUUCACAAGAGGUGAUAUCGUUCCUCUUAAAGUUAACAUUGAUCAUUUUACAUCAUUUUCACGUAAAAAUGGUGUUACAGUGGAUCUUGUACGCACAGUUGAAAUCAGAACAACCAAACACACGGUAUUCAAGGAAACAGUGCUACGAUCCACGCAGUAUGAUAUGGACACCAAAGCACCCAGCCACCAGCAGUCUAUCCUCUGUCAGCUCCUGAUCCCAACAUCCACACCACCUUCCAUCCGAUACAAGGACAAAGUGCUGCGAUUUCAUUACAAGGUCCGCGUAUCAGUGUCGUUUGGCGAUAAAAGUACAUGCACUUUGGACAUGCCCAUAGUCAUUGGCACUUGGCCUCGUGCAGCUGUGCCUAUUGAGGAUGAUGAUGAUGCUUCUUCUGCUCACGGAAUGGAGGAUGCCAAUGGUGUCCAUGGUUAUCACGAUAACGAGGAUGAUGACGACGAUGAUGAUAUAGAGUCCUUGAAAACUUGCUCUGUGGAUGACCAGUCUUCGGUGCGAACUUCCUCCAAUAUUUUGCCGUCGUGGCACACAAACAAUAGUUCAACAUCGACACUCACCACGGCUCAGCGAAACUCUAUUAUAUCUAACAAUGAGGAUUUGGUCGGUCGCUCAGAUUCAGUUGCCUCGAAAGCUUCCAAUCGAUCACACAACUCUGUCUCCUCAUGGAAAUCCAGCAGAUCUUGGGAAUACCAACAACAGCAGCUACAACCCUCGCCAUCCCAGCAACAACAACAACAAUACUACCACCAUCACCAAUACAGCCAAUCCUCCAAUAAUCUAUCUCGAAACGGAUCGCAAUCCACUACAUUGUCCUCGCCUGAUCGUCUGCCGUCCUAUUACAAUGGCAGCUCCAUGGGCCAUAACAGAGCUUCCAGUGUCUACUCGACGGAUUAUCCUUUAUAUAACAACAACAUCAACCGCAACAGUAGUCAAGGCAGUAAUGGCUACAACCAAUACUACAACAAUUCGAGGCAAUCCAUGGUGUCCUUGCCUCCAUUGGCUGGUCCGAUGGUCCAACCUCAACAAUCAUACAAUACGAAUAGACUUUCUAGAUACAGUAGAUAUGAAGAAGAGCCCCCCAUUAUACUAGAAAAUGACGUGCCUACUCAUAUUUUGGAGCCACUACCACCAAGCAAUGCAUCAUCAUCUCCUCCCAUCCCACCCACCAUCCAAGAAUCACAGCACGAACAAGCAGCUACUACAACGAGCAAUAUUGCACUACAGUAUCCCUCAGAAUCGUCAUCUGAUUCAUCCUCGUUUGAAGAUUCGGAUGACGAUGAUGAUUUGUUGGCGAUUAUCGAGCGAAAAAAGAAAAAGGAGCAAAAGGAAUUAAGAAAGAAGCAUAAAGCCGAAGCCGCCUCUAAUUCAUCUGCAUCUGCUGCACCAGCAUCUUGA